GAAGCCCAGUCCAAUAGAUCGAUAAAAUUAUGUAUACAUCGAAACAUAUGUAUACUACCUAGCUCAACCACCAAAUAGACCCCACUGAACCAUAUCUCAAAAUUAUCUUCCUCGCAGCCAAGUGCCAACGUCCUCGGAGACCGGAGUCCCGUCGCCGGCGUUCAAGUCCGCUUGACGUGUUCCUUGCUGAACUUGGUGGCGGAAGAGAAUCGGACCGGCGGCGUCGGCGAGGGCGAGGCCGGCGUUUCAGAGACAGAUGUUGAGGGCCGGCGUUCAACUCUCUCCCUUGAUUUGUGUGUUUCUUCUGUCUUAUGACGAUGACGAUCAGGCCAAGAGGAGGCACCGCUUCAACCAACUUCGGUGAUCAACAGCCUCCGACGCGGGGGAUCUAUCACCUCCGACGCCAACACAGAUCUUCAGCAAGCCUGUCUACAUCAGUUAACACUGUCGUUAGCCACCACAAACCUGAGAUUUGCUUAUUUGGUUAGUGGCUGAUAGGGCAGUUUCUUAUUAGGCAGUCUGAUUUGAAGGCGAGUGUAGCAUGAGGCGUAUGCUGUACAUGAGUUAGUUGAACUAGAUCCAAUAUUAGGGUUUUCUAACCUGAGACCCGUGGGCUAGAUUGGAAAGCUGUUGGUUGAUGCCGUCAGAAGAUAGUUCGUAGUUCAUAGUUAGUAUUUGUUCAAACAAUCUUUCCUUUUGUGGCUUCUGUUGAGGGCCAUUUAAAGUGUUAAGUGGAGGGGCUUAAUUAGAGUUUUGUACAUGUCAAGCUUCAGAUGAACGUUAAUUUUUUCUCUACUGCAGCAAGAUAUUACCACAUUUGGUAUGAUGCAGCAAAUAAUUAGUUUUAUGGGAAGUCCUAAGGCCUGUUAUUUAGAAUGGAUGUGAAAGGUUCAGUGUUUCUGGCCGGUGGAACCCUAACAAAAAGGUUUUUCAUAAGUUCAUUUUCCAUAAUGGUGCAUACUCCGCCAGCUGAUCUCUAUGCUGAACCGUUACAGUUAUUGCAUACAUGUAAUGCUCUUAAGAGGGUGUGAGAGAAUUUGUUAAGUUUUGAGGGAGAAAGUACUCUUGUAGCAGCAUUGUGGAAAAGUAGUAUUUCUUUGUCACCAAAUUCUGUUUUGGGUAUUCAGUGCUUGCGUAAAAGAAAGAAGACGGGGGAGGGGAAUGAAUUAGCUUGGUGGUAGUCAUAGUUCUCCUAUAGUUCCCUCUGCACUGCACUUAAGACAGGGUAAUAAACUCAUCCAAACACCUUAGGUCACUUGGAAGGGAAGAAUUACCCGUGUGGAGUUUUGGCUGAUGCCUAUGUGAACAAGUGCAAGGACAAAAGGGGCACCCAUUCACUUUGUCGACAAUAUCAACUGCUAGUAUUUGGUCCCGGCGCUAUGGAUGGUGGAGUGGACGAUAUGCCAUCUUUUUGGAUGGAGGAAUCAGAGGAGCUGCUCUACGUUCCUAUGAAAAUGAAGAGAAAGUCCAGAACAAAGAAAAUGGAGUUUGUUGGGUGGGGAUCUAAGCCUCUGAUUGAAUUCCUUGAAUCAAUUGGUAGAGACAGCAGCAAACCGAGAUCUCAAUAUGAGGUCACUUCCAUCAUCAAUGAAUAUGUUAACACAAAUAACCUUAUUCAUCCUCAAAAAAAGAAGAGAGUUCAGUGUGAUGAGAGGCUCCAUUAUCUUUUUGGAAAGAAAUCACUGGUGCGAAUUAAAAUAUAUGAUCUGCUGGAGGCACACUUUGCUGAUAACCAAGAUGAAUCAGAUGGUGAGUUCUUCUACAGUUCAGAGGAGAACGAUGAAAACAUGAUGACGGUUCGUGAACAACAAAAAGCCUCAGUGACAGACAGGAAAAAUCUUCAUCCAAGGAAAAAGGUUAUAGAAACGCCAAAAAGCUGUUUCGCAGCUACAAUUUUGGCAAAUAUAAAGCUUGUGUAUUUGAAAAGGAGCUUAGUUCAGGAUCUUCUGAAGGACCCUGAAACUUUUGAAGGUAAAUUAGUAGGAAGCUUUGUGAGGGUCAAAUGUGAUCCAAAUGACUUGUUUCAGAAAAACUCACACCAACUUCUGCAAGUUACAGGUGUGAGAAAAGCGUCUGGAGCUGACAAUUCUUGCACCAACAUUCUCCUUCAAGUUUCCGAUAUGAUGAAAGAAAUUUGCAUUUCCAUGUUGUCAGAUGAUAACUUCUCUGAGGAAGAAUGUGAGGAUUUGCGUCAGAGAGUAAAAAGUGGAUCCCUCAAGAGGCCUACUGUUGUGGAGUUUCAGCAGAAAGCCCAAAUCUUGCAUGAAGAUAUCACGAAGCAUUGGCUGGUGAGAGAGCUCAACUUGUUGCAAAAUCUCAUUGAUCGAGCCAAUGAGAAGGGAUGGCGCAAAGAAUUAGACGAGUACCUUAAAAAAAAGCAGCUACUUCAGACGCCAUCUGAACAGUCAAGACUAUUGCUUGAAAUUCCAAAUGUAAUUGCAGAUGAAGUAGAGGAGGAAGCUAGACUGCAGGAGGGAACUAAUGCCUCCCCAAAAUCAAUUUUUUGGGAGGCAAUAGAAAUUUCUAGUCAUGAUUUAGAAACAAAUCAGAUUCUGUCAACCCAAAACUCUGACAGUGCUGAUGCAGCAGCUUCAGGGUCCACAGAUGUGGCCACUGCGUCCGCAGUUACUCUCUGUGAUUCACCUCAAGCCAGAGAAGAAAACAGAUAUUUCAGCAGUGGAGGUGUAUCUAACAGAAAGCAAGAAGAUGAUCUGCCUGCUCAAUUUUUCGAACAACAGACGAUACAUCACAGAAAGUUGGAAGAAUCAAAGAAAGCUGGCAGAAUGGUUGAUAAGCAGAUUGUGGCUACUCAGGUGAUAGAAGUACUUGACGAUGAUAGUGAGGAAGGUGAAGACCACCCUGGUUGUGGAGACCUGAGUCUCAAUGAUGAGCACCCUGGUAGAAUGAUAUGGCACUAUAAGGAUCCCAGGGGAAUUGUGCAGGGGCCCUUUUCGGUGGAAUCACUGAAAUGUUGGAGGGAUGCUAACUACUUCCCUCCAGAAUUCAAGGUUUGGAAGAUAGGUCAAAGGCAAGAUGAAGCAGUCUUACUGACUGACGUGCUUCUCCGGAUGUUUUCCAAUUCAGUUGAGUGACCCAUACAUUUCAGGAUUCAAUAAUCCCAACUGUUGAGUGUUCUUUGAAAGUUGUAUUGUGCAUUUGGUCCGAAUUGAAUUCGCCAAGAAUUUCUGGUUGCAAAGGUUGGAUCCUCAAAAUUGCUUGUGUAAUCUAAAUUCGUUGUUUCAA